AUGGACAAAGAUUCCCAGGGGCUACUAGAUUCCUCCCUGAUGGCAUCAGGCACUGCCAGCCGCUCAGAGGAUGAAGAGUCACUGGCAGGGCAGAAGCGAGCCUCCUCACAGGCCUUGGGCACCAUCCCUAAACGGAGAAGCUCCUCCAGGUUUAUCAAGAGGAAGAAGUUCGAUGACGAGCUGGUGGAGAGCAGCCUGGCCAAGUCCUCUACCCGGGCAAAGGGGGCCAGUGGGGUGGAACCAGGGCGCUGUUCUGGGAGUGAACCCUCCUCUAGUGAGAAGAAGAAGGUGUCCAAGGCCCCCAGCACUCCUGUGCCACCCAGUCCAGCCCCCACUCCUGGAAUCACUAAGCGGGUGAAAAAGAGCAAACAGCCACUUCAGGUGACCAAGGAUCUGGGCCGCUGGAAGCCUGCUGAUGACCUCCUGCUCAUCAAUGCUGUGUUGCAGACCAAUGACCUGACGUCGGUCCACCUGGGUGUGAAGUUCAGCUGCCGCUUCACCCUUCGGGAAGUCCAGGAGCGCUGGUACGCCCUGCUCUACGAUCCUGUCAUCUCCAAGCUGGCCUGCCAGGCAAUGAGGCAGCUACACCCAGAGGCCAUAGCCGCCAUCCAGAGCAAGGCCCUGUUCAGCAAGGCUGAGGAACAGCUGCUCAGCAGAGUGGGAUCGACCAGCCAGCCCACCUUAGAGACCUUCCAGGACCUGCUGCACAGACACCCUGAUGCCUUCUACUUGGCCCGUACUGCCAAGGCUCUGCAGGCACACUGGCAGCUCAUGAAGCAGUAUUACCUGCUGGAGGACCAGACAGUGCAGCCGCUGCCCAAGGGGGACCAGGUGCUCAACUUCUCCGAUGCAGAGGACCUGAUUGAUGACAGUAAGCUCAAGGACAUGCGAGAUGAGGUCCUGGAACAUGAGCUGACAGUGGCUGACCGGCGCCAGAAGCGAGAGAUUCGUCAGCUGGAACAGGAAUUGCAUAAGUGGCAGGUGCUCGUGGAUAGCAUCACAGGCAUGAGCUCUCCAGACUUCGACAACCAGACGCUGGCAGUGCUGCGGGGCCGCAUGGUGCGGUAUCUGAUGCGCUCGAGGGAGAUCACCUUGGGGAGGGCAACCAAGGAUAACCAGAUUGACGUGGACCUGUCUCUGGAGGGUCCAGCUUGGAAGAUCUCCCGGAAGCAAGGUGUCAUCAAACUGAAAAACAACGGUGAUUUCUUCAUUGCCAAUGAAGGCCGGCGGCCCAUCUACAUCGACGGCCGGCCGGUGCUGUGCGGCUCCAAGUGGCGCCUCAGCAAUAACUCCGUGGUAGAGAUUGCCAGCCUGCGAUUCGUCUUCCUCAUCAACCAGGACCUCAUUGCCCUUAUCCGGGCUGAGGCUGCCAAGAUCACCCCACAGUGA